UCCAUCGUCACCGGCGUCGAGCAGGGUCGCCUCAUCUUCGACAACCUGAAGAAGUCGAUCGCUUACACCUUGACCAAGAACAUACCUGAGCUGGCACCUUACCUGGUCUACAUCAUCGCCAGCAUCCCCCUGCCCUUGGGCUGCAUCACCAUCCUCUUCAUCGAGCUCUGCACGGACAUCUUCCCAUCGGUGUCGUUGGCCUACGAGAGCGCCGAGAGCGACAUUAUGCACCUGAGGCCACGUGACCCUCGGCGCGAUCGCCUGGUCAACGAGCCCCUGGCGGCCUACUCCUACUUCCAGAUAGGUGUGAUGCAAUCCUUCGCUGGCUUCACGGAUUACUUGGUGGCCAUGGCCCAGGAGGGUUGGUGGCCUGACCUGGUCCUGGGGCUGCGGCCCAGGUGGGAGGACACUCACCUGCAGGACCUGCAGGACAGCUACGGCCAGCAGUGGACGUUCGCCCAGCGCAGGUACCAACAGUACACCUGUUACACCGUGUUCUUCAUCAGCAUCGAGAUGUGCCAAAUCGCCGACGUGCUCAUCCGCAAGACUCGCAGGCUCUCGCUGCUCCAGCAGGGGCUGCUCAGGAACACCUGGGGGCAGGUGAACCACAUCCUGCUGGUGGCCAUCGUGUUCCAGGUGUGCAUCGGCUGCUUCCUCUGCUACUGCCCAGGGAUGCCCAACGUCUUCAACUUCAUGCCCAUCAGGUACCAGUGGUGGCUUGUGCCAAUGCCCUUUGGCCUCCUCAUCCUCAUCUACGACGAGAUCAGGAAACUCGGAGUCAGGAGACACCCGGGGAGUUGGUGGGACCGAGAGCUUUACUACUGA